GGCUGACUGGGCUGGGAUUUCGAGCUGUGGUUGCCUUGUGAGAUCUCGCUUCUCUUGAGCCAUGCAUUACUGGUGAACCAUGGAGCCAGCCUUCCUGAAACCUCGACCUGUCUCCCAGUUGGUUGCACAGCAGGUUACUCAGCAGUUUGUGCCCCCUACACAGUCAAAGAAAGAGAAAAAAGAUAAAGUAGAAAAAGAAAAAAGUGAAAAGGAAACAACUAGCAAAAAGAACAGUCAUAAGAAAACCAGGCCAAGAUUGAAAAAUGUGGAUCGGAGUAGUGCUCAGCAUUUGGAAGUUACCGUUGGAGAUCUGACAGUCAUUAUUACAGACUUUAAGGAGAAAACAAAGUCACCACCUGCAUCUAGUGCUGCUUCUGCAGAUCAACACAGUCAGAGUGGCUCUAGCUCCGAUAACACAGAGAGGGGAAUGUCCCGGUCAUCUUCGCCCAGAGGAGAAGCCUCAUCAUUGAAUGGAGAAUCUCAUUAAAGUUUAUUUUCUCCAGUUUCUUAGUCACUUCUCCCCUACCAUUGCAAAUACACAGAUUAUGCCAAGAAGUACCACAUUUUCAUGACAAGUACAUUCAUGCACAAUCCAUAAUUUGAGUUUUACAUAAAAUAGAGAUUAGUUAGAUUUCAUUAAACUGUGCCUACCAAACAUUUCCAGACUUAACAUUUUGGUCUCUGCAGUCAAGUGCCAUGAAAAUGUGGUUGAAUUAUUCAUUAUGCAGUGUUAUUGGUAAGUCUAUUUUCACUUUUAGUUUAGUGAAUUCUAACACAUAAUUCUUGAAUUCUCUACUAUUGGCAUGUAACGAAUUUAAAUUUUUUAUAACAUAGUGCAAGCUGCCUAAAUAUGUAUUAUUUGAGAAUUGUGAAACAAAUAGUUAUAUGUAUACAAGUCAAAGAUCAACUUAAUCAACUAUUGCUGCAACAGAAUUUUCUUAAUGGUUAUCCUCUUAAAUACACCUGCUGGUACUUGGUGUGGUUAAAUAGGAAAAUUGUUAUUAAAUAAAGAAUUUGUAUGAACCUUUGCCAAUGUUUUUGACACAUUUUACUAAAUUAUUGUUCCUGAAUUAUGCUUCUGGUUAUAUCCAUUUUUUUGGGUUUUCUUUUUGUUUGUUUGUUCGUUUGCUUGUUUCCCAAAACAUUUAUUUCAUUUAUUGUAAUGUUUACUAGCAAACUAGUAAACAAUAAAACAUGAUUAUUUAGCUUUAUAAUUCAGGUUUAGUGCUAUUGUCAUUGAACACUGGUUAUUUUCUGUAUUAUAUAAAACGUAAAAUUCAAACAGUUAUAUAAGCAUUUGGCAAAAACAGAAGAGAAAAACUUGCCAUAUUUUAAAAGCUGCAAUUUUGGAAAAGCUUUAACUUAAUGGUAGUUUUAUCACUGUUUUCUUGCCCCGAACUUAACUUAUCCAGGGUCAUAGAAGUAUGAAUCUAAUUAAUAUAGACAGGAGAACUGUUGCACAGACUGGGAAAUAACUAGUCUUAAAUCAGUUUAAUUGGCCUCUUAUUAAAUACAAUAAUUCUUAUGAAAAUCAUAGUACCCUAUUUUCAGACACAACUGCCAGUUUAUGCAUUUAUCAAUAUCUUGAAAUAAAAAAGUAUUUACAGCCCCACUCACUAUUAUGUAAAAUUACCAAUAAAAUAUUUUUAUGACUACA